UGGGUGGGCCCACCAAUGGACGAAGAGUCGGAGCCGCAUUCGCAUCCCCGCGUCAUCGUCCACCGUAUACUCCGGUCCUCCGUCUUCAUUGCACACAACCAAACACCAAGCAAGCAAGCAAGCAGAGCGAGGCCAUCGAGGAUGUCGAGGAGCCCGCAGCUGAGCCUGAGCGGCUGCAGCUCGCUCUUCUCCCUCUCCAGCACCAGCACCAGCCGCGACAACGACAGCGCUGCCGCCGCGCCAGUGCCCGUGCCGCUGUCCCUUCAUCCGCUUCUGCCCCCUCGCCCUCCCGGCCCUCUUCUGUCGCUCAGCAUCGGCGGCGGCGGAGACGAGGAGGAGGAGUACCUGCAGCUGGGCGGCCUGGAUCUGCAGCUGAUGGGGGGCGGCGGCGGCGGCGGCGGCGGCGGCGACGACGACGACGAGCGCAAGACCGUCCGGAUGAUGAAGAACAGGGAGUCUGCGCUCCGCUCCAGGGCAAGGAAGAGGGCGUAUGUGCAGGAGCUGGAGAAGGAGGUUCGUCGCCUGGUGAAUGAGAACCUCAAGCUCAAGAGGCAGUGCAAACAACUGAAAGUGGAGAUGGCUGCACUGAUCCAGCCGAGCAGCAGCAAGAGCAGCUCCCAGCUCAUCAGAAGAACCUCCUCGUCCACUCGGCUCUAGCUCCCGACUCCAUCUGCCACUGCAUACUUGUGGGUUGUUGCAUCCACUACUAGCUCCUCCUACACUACAGCUCCUGCUC